GGUCCAAUUUAACAUCGUUGGGGACAUUGCAGAAUCAGUUUCUCCGUCGCCUCCUGAAACUCCCCAUGUGUGUGAGCAACGCAGCCAUACGUCUGGAGUUAAGGAUUGCAUCAUUGGAGACGGUCAUCUGGAAGCGAGUCUUUGGUUAUUGGCUGUCCAGCUGGCACAGGCUUCCCAACCAUUACCUUUUUCAGUGCCUCUGGCGGGACGACUUUGUCAAUCCGUGGGUAGGAAAAAUCCAUGCCAAACUUCUGAGCAUCGGAAUUUCCCCAGCGGACUCCUUAAAGAUGAACUUACGCUCAGCCAAAAGACUUAUUGAGCAGAGAUUAGCAGACAUUGAAAAUCAACACAACCUCGCCGGGGUGAGGGUGUCUGCUCCCCCAGGUAUCACGGAAUAA